AUGGUGAAAUUUUGGUGGAUGUUCAUAUUAUUCGCUAAAACUGCGUUGACUAGUGAUAACAAGCUACCAGAUUCGGAACCAGAAAAAGGUUUAAGAUUUCUUCCCCUAUUCGAGAAAAGGUACGAUGACAGACUAAGUGGCCACCUACCCCCAUUAACUACAGUUCCUAUAGCUGGAGAAAGAUGCUCGUCAAGGUUGGAAUCCGCUUUGGAACAGUUGAAACGCCGUAAGAGAAAUCAGCCAAAGUCUUUGGAUACGCCGUUGAGUCAAAGCAUAGACCUAAACGGAUACAGUUUGUACCAGACAAUGCGGAGCGCACCAGUCGACAUGAUAGUAACAAGGAUGCGCGUGCGCCUGCCGCAGAAUACCGACUGGGUGCGAGUGGAAAAAUGCUACUUUGAUCCGCGGAACGUGUCCCUGGACACCAUGCUGCUCUUCCACGACAUAACAAUAUCCGGUAACGUGGACUUGUUCGACGCAAACGAGCUGGACAGAAGUUCAUCGCGAUCACGUAGAAAUUAUGAGCCUUACCGUGACACGCGUCGCAACGGUUGUAACAUGAUAUUGAGAUUGCGCAAAGCCGGUAUCGGCUUCCACACUCGACCCUUACACCAGCAGCAAGGCAAAUUCAACGUGAAAACUGACUCCGAAUUCGUUGAGCCCGGUUUUAUAAGUGUGUACGCUUAUGGCUGCGAGAAGUACAUUAACAAGAAUUCCAUCAGGAACAAGGAUAACUUGCCACUGAGACGUAAAAAACGAUCUGAUGAGUUUUCUUUCGAUAGUCAUUUAGAGAAUGUUGAAGAUGAACCAGCGGGAAGAGCGUCAUAUAAUUAUGAUAUAGUCUACGAGCCAAGGAGUGGGAGGAGUUACGAGAGAAACAGAGUUUAUCAACCAGAUGACUUGGACGACGUUGAAGAUAUAUCAAGGGAGAUGGAGGAUAUAUUCACCAAAGGAAUAAGGACUCUUCUAACCACAUAUAUGAAGAAGGAACUGCAACCGGCUAUAAAGGAUACGCUAAUGAGAAAUAUGGGAUAUGUUAUAUCUUAUGGGUGA